AUGCCGAAACGCAAAGAGCCCCAGCAUCACUUCGAAGGCGAUGAUUCGGAUGAUGAUCCACCUCGAGCCAAGCGUCAACAACAUGAGAGAAGUGGCAGCCCUGCCGUUGUUCGAACACCACGGUCACGCCAGCCCUCAAAGAAGAAGUCUGACCAAAUGGAAGAGCAACUCGCCAAACAAGCAGACGAACUCGCAAGAAUGAAGAAGCAGAAGGACAAGUAUCAGAAGAAGCUGGCUGCUGCCUUGCGAAAAACCGGAGUAGGAAGUAGAAGUCGUGUGGCCGACUCUGCUAGAGAUGACAGCGGUUCAGAUGUCGAGCCAGAGAGUGAGACGGGGCAGACAGAAAAUGAAGACGAGGACAGCAAUGAGAUUGUCAUAUCGUCAUCGUUCCAGAAGAAGGCAUCCUUUGACUUCGCCACGCCCACACCUGCAAUAUCGAAGUCCCAACGCCGCCGCAUGCUCGACAGUAGCCCCGAGCCGGAAACUCCAACCCGGACACACACACCCAACGUCACUGUGACUGAGCUUGAUUCAAGUAUGUCUCGGUCGCUCGUUCGUGGUAAUGACAACCCCGCCAGGACUGCGACCACGUCAAUGCCAAUUACAAGCCACAGGCCGUCUGAGCCACUCUCAAGUUCCCAUGGUGUCAACGCACCUCGCGGUGCACGCACCAUUACCCCGAGUCCCCGACCAGGCUCAUCUCCUCUUCCUGUGCAUCAGACUCCGACCACAGACACCCAAAGGGCUUCUCGGGCAACUCAGGAGGCGGCUACGCAGCCAUCGGAGCCUCGCAAAGACUUACUAGAGCCUCCGUUCCAGGGUGAUUCCAUCCCCCAAGGCCGGCCGAAAGCAAGCGACUACAUCGAUGAAGUGAAGACCUUACUCCUUGCCGCCGUACGGUUCCUUGAAUGCCGACUGUACACCAUCAAUCCAUACCCUAACGACGAACAACUUGCACGCUGGGCGAUCGAAUCGUGGGCGGAUGCGUGUGAUGAGUCGGAGCUUGAGCAUCGGUACAAACUGACGACCCGAAUGCUGACCUUCCUGAAGGGCCGGAAGUCAAACGCCCGACUCGACGUUCUCAUACAGGCUCGGCAGUGGAUCACCCGGCUGCAUGGCUUUAGCAGCGAUACCGACAGGAAUGCACGGCGACAGAAUGCCGAGCGCGCCGCAGCCCUCCUUCAUGAAGCCGCAUUUCAUUAUAAGGCAGUUGAUACCGAGACUGGUGAACGUUCAGGUUUCGCACAGCACAAGAUCGUCUCCCGAAUGGUCGAGCAAUGUUUCUUCAAGGCACGAAUUCCGUCUCAGUCACUCGGUGUCAAGCAUAGCAGGUAUUUCAAUCCUAUCAGCGCGGCAAGUCUCGCGUUCAUCUUCACUGCGCUCGAGGCUGCAAUCGAAGAAUGGCGGUCUGGCACACACGAAGAGUGUAACUUCCGUGAGGAACCAAAUGCACCACGCUUCAGAGCACACCUGGAUGAUGUCGAAGAAUGGGUCAACGCAUCUCCCGAACAGACACAGAACAUCCGCGUUGUCUCUGUCUCGUUCUUGUCCUUGUUCUCGUUCCGAAGGUGCCCCACUCUGGCUCUGCAGUCGCUGCCCUUCAAGUCGCUAAACUCGUUCCGCGGUUGUCUCGUUCUCGUUCCGUGGUCGCCUUCCUCGUUCCGCGGGUUCCUGUGCUCGUUCCGCGAGCUCCUACGCUCGUUCUGCAGCCGCCUAUGCUCGUUCCGCGAGCUCCUGCCAGUGUACUCGUUCCGAGAGCUCCUGUACUCGUUCCGCGAGCUUCUGUACUCGUUCCGCAGGCUCCCGUACUCGUUCCGCAAGCUCCUGUACUCGUUCCGCGAGUCCCUGUCCGGGUCCUGUAUCUUCCGAGCUGUCCUGGCCUCCAAGUCGUAGGACUUGUCUUUUCUCAAUUACGUGGCACCGUGCACGUCCGAAGAUCCUUGAUUGCCCAAGAAGGUCACUGUUGACCAACCCGGGGAGCCUCUCCCAGCUCCAACAAAUGUAUGAGGGACCCACAAGCUGUGCUCGCAGAUGUCUAGAUUCGGAGG